CUUUAGACUUAAACAGAGGAACCUGCGCCUUGGGUGUACUGGAUGUAAUGGGAAAGACAGUUCACGAAAGUAACCAGCUGCGGGUUCUUACGGCUCCACUCUUUUAAUUAAUUAAAUUAAUUCAUUUUUAAUUAAGCUGAAUUUUAAUUAGGUUGAAUCAUUCCUUUCUGAGAUCAGCGCUAAACUUAAAACUAUAAACUAGACUGCGGCUGGCUCUCGCGAGGCUCUGGAGCUGCUUAGCAUGAAAAGGCGGAAGUUUGAAUUCCUCUCCACCCUCGCCCGCCAAAGCAGAGCAGUUGUUCUUCCCCUUUGGGAUUUACUCUUCAGCCUUACAGAUCCCUCUGAAUCGUACGCGGAUGGAUUCUUGUGAUCACUAGGAAUACUUGAAAAUGUGGUAGAAAACUGCUGCAAUAUCCAGCAUCAACAAGUGAACUCAGUUAUGGAUGGUGGAGCUAGGUUUGUUGAAACUCUAAAGCGGACAGGAUAUUUCAAGGCAAAUUCACUUAACGGAGAAGACUUUGACUGGUUAUUUGAAACUUUGGAAAAUAAAUCAUUUCUGGAGUGGUUCUGUUCAGCUUUGAAUGAACGUAAUGUAUUAUCUGAAGAAGAGUUGCAGUCAUUUAAUGCUCUCCUAAAAUCAUCAAAAUCUAUUUUAGGAGAAGAAGCUCUCAAUGAAGUUCUUAAGAUUUCCAAGCCUCCUGAUUUGAACAUUAACAAUUGUGAGGAAGAAGAGGAAACCCUUAAAAUGUUAGAAAACGAAGUUCAAACUCUUAAAAAGAUUAAACAGGUAAAGAUUCAUCGUCGUAACAAACUUCAAAUCAUGGCUUCAGCCAAUAGUUUUAUCUCCUUAAAGGUUAAAGAAAGAGGUGAGGAAGGACUUAAAAUCCUGAAAGAUGGUCAAGGGAACUUUACAGCCAUGAAUAUAAAGAUAAACAAUGAGCUUCAAACCCUAACUGAAGGAGUUAAGAAACUUGCUUCUUUUCUUGCGGUUGCAGCUGGACAAGAUCUGGAUUAUCCUCCUGUGUUGCUAACCCAACUUCCUUUAGACAAUUAUUUGUAUCAAGAAGAACAAAGCACUGGAGCUCUUACUUCCUAUACAAAAAAACAGUUUUUCCAGGGUAUAUCUGAAUUGGUGGAAAGUUCUAAUGAAGAAAAUUUUCAACUUUUACAUAUAAGUAAGUCCUCCAGCUACGAGGGAAGCAGUGAUAUAUGUGAUGAAAGAUCAGAACUGACAAGGUUGCAAAUGGCAUAUAUUUGUGCUCAGCAUCAAUUAAUUCAACAGCAAGCUAAGAACCUAAGUAUGAAAUCGGGUCUUCAGUGGGCAGAGAAGAGUAUUGGCACUUUAAAAAAGAUUCAUGGAAAAGAAAACUUUGAAGCUAAAAUUUCUAGCUUGAAUAAUGACAUUGCGAAAAUAAAAAUAGAUUUAUCACAAAUAAACAGUGGAACCCUACCUUCGCUGAUUAAGGAGAAUGCAGAGCUCUUGAAUAUGCCUGUGGUUAAAGGGGAUUUUGAUUUACAAAUUGCUCGACAGGACUACUAUAUAUCUAGGCAGGAUCAGAUUUGUAACCAGCUGAUCAAACAGAAGGCUUCAUUUGAAUUUCUUCAGUUGGCAUAUGAAAUUGAAUUCCAAAAAUUUAGGGAAAACAGCCGUCUGCUGGAAAAUAUGGUGCAAGACCUGAAAUUAAGCAAGGACAUUUUAGUACGGACAAUAGAAACAAUGUCUGAGUCCUCUAUAGCCCUUCAAAGGACACCAAGAAGCACUGUUGAACGAGAGGAUAUUGCAGCUCAUAGGAUUUGUCAACUUUUGGAAGGAAGGAAUCCAAAGCAAUUAUUUAGAACAUAUGAAAGGCUUGAGGAAAUGGCUGAAAAGUUACAUUUGGAUUCAGUAUCAGUGCUUGACCAAUUACUGCUAGCUGGCCAAGAACAAAAACGUCUUCUGUCAAAGAUGGAUGCUGAUUUAACAAUUCUUCAUGAUUCUAUAUACUGCAAAGGAGAAAGUGUAUGCCUUAGUAAUCAGCAUCUGUCUGAACAGUUUCAGCAGCUGGAAUUCCAGUUGAAUAAAAUAAAUCAGCUUAUUACAGAUUUUCUUGCCGAUAUAAAAGCUAAGAAGGACGUCCUGGAUAAUAAUAAAAUACAGGAGAUGGAAAGAAAACUCUACGUGUUCUUCUUCAACGAUGAAGAACGUUUGAAAAACAUUGUGGAAUCAUUGGAGCAACGGGUUGAGGCUCAACCCAACCUUUAAAGAUUAUAUGUUAAAUUACUAACAUAGUUUUUUGAGGGGAGGUGUUUAUAGAUUAAUUUUUUUGCAUUGAAUUUUAAUCAAAAGGGCUAUUGUUUAGCACCAGAAAGUUUAAAAGAAACUACGAAAUCACCUCUAUGUGUCAAUAGUUAUUUAGCGAACUAGAUAUACUAUAUUCUUAUAUUAAAAAACUAAGUCCAAAUGGACUUGUUGCAAGACUUCCUAAUUUAUUACACUAAGUAGGAGGGAUGUGUAGAAUAUUAAUUCAUUAGCCAAUAGUUUUUCCAUUUUUUUAAAAAUCCUUAUGUUCAUCCUUAUAUAAUAUUUCUCAUUAACAUUUCACCCUAAUUAGGCAAAAAUUCUGAGCUACCGUCCUCAAUCUGAUGCUUUCCCAUAGUGUGAUUAGAAUAGUUGUGGAUUAGGACAGCAGGGCCAUAUUGGGCUAUGAAAAGCUAUUCUUACAGGAUAAUUAAACCUGCAUUUCUGUAACCAAUAAUACUCUGUAUUUGUAUGCUACACCGUCUUUCCACAUUUAUAUUCAGUUGUAAUCAUUAAUUUUAGUACCAGAUUUAACAGAGUUGAUGAUUAGAUUGUAAAUAUUGGCCCUAUCAGAAAGCUGAGUUUUAUAACUGAAACGUGUAAGCUUCAAAUAAAUGUUUA